GCCGAUUAUUGAGUUAAUAUGAAUUAUAAUACAGAAUGACGCGUGACCCAGUUCUAGCAACCUUGACCUUGUACUCCAGCUUGUAAGUAUAGAUAAGUCAGGCAUGUUAUCGCUAAGCACCGAAAUGGACGGAAUAUCGUGUAGUGUCUAGGUGUGCAGUAUUUGUGCAUUAGUUACACAUACACGUCGAAAGUGUCAUGAAGGAAAGCGGAAGACAAAUCAUUGCGAUACAUACUGAGCUGGACUAACAGGUAUUUGGAUUCAUUUUUGUGAGGGCAAACAUUUUGUGUUGUUGAAAACACAAUGUUUAAAUGCCCUAUCAGAAGAUGAACUUGUCUGGGCAAGCAAUUUAUGCCCCCAAAAAGGUAUAUUUAUCAAAAAGUUUAAGCGACAGUCCACAGGCCCCCGAGGGUGAAGAGAAGACCGGAGAACCAGCAGAAAAUCAACCUGUAAUCGACAACAUGUUUGAAAUACAAUCUCGGGAGUUCUUGUCACUGUUUGGGCAGCCCAAUGCUAUCCCAAAGACAUUUUGUACCUCUAGUUCUGGUAGCGGUCAAUACAUUGUAAACAGUACUGGACAUGGGCAUUAUGCUUAUCCUCAUAUGGAUAAAGAAACUGACCAACAACAAUUAGAGAGUUAUCUACCUUCUUCCCCUAAUUCUUUCCCUGGCCUUCUCUCGUCUGUGAUCAAUUCCAAUGGAUCUAAUUUGCCGUCAUUGGCAAAUACUUCUUUUCAACGUCAACAUUCCUUUGUUACAAGUUCCAAUGACACUAAUUUUCUACCUUAUACAUAUUAUUCAAAGGGACUUGAUAGCCAGAUGCCUCUACCGAAUACCAGCCAAGUUUCUGUGAUUAUGAGCCAAAUGACUUCGGUGAAUGAAGAGGAUAAAUUGUCUUCUGUCUUGAAUACUUCACCGGUGCCUUCUGUAAUUUCUAGCCAAGUUUUCUCAGUGAAUGCCACUGAUUCAUCUAGCAAGAAUAUUAACCAAUCGUCUUCUACAAUUGUAAGCCAAUCAUCUUCAAUGAAUAGUAACCAUUUUUUACCAGUGAAUGCAAGCCAAACUUCUUCCAUGAAUGGUAGCCAAGUGCCUUCUGUAGUGAAUAUUAGCCAUGCUUUCUCAGGGAAUCCUAGCCAAACAUCUGUGAAUGAUAAACAAGUGUCCUCUGUAAAUGUUAGCCAAGCGUCUUUUGUAACAAGUGCCAGCUGUUUUGUACAGAAUUCAUCCAUCAAUUCUUACAAUGCCUGUCAGUUUCUGUCUCCUCAAAAGGAUUCUGAUUCUGACCAGGUUUUACCAGGCAUUGGUGUUGUUACUAUGGAACCCGAAACCACCGGAAACAACGAAAGGCUGGAUACAUUAAAGAAUUCAAAAUAUAUUGAACAGCAGUUGGUGAGUAGCUCUUUAAAUGUCAGCCAAACAUUUACCACGACAAGUAGUGUAGGUGGAUGUGACUCAACUCAAAGUCCCAUAGGACUUAUAAACUCACCAGAGAGUUGGACAUUUUCACCACUUGUGCCGUUUAAUCUGUCCCAUGAUAGUUAUGAUGAAUGUAGUGUUAGUCCAUUCCCAGUCGGACCAGAAUUAACUAGUGACUCAACGCUAGAUCUGUUAGAGAGUGAAGUUAAAACCCCUGUGUCAGUAAGCAAAGACAUAUCAGAUGAUGAACCAUUAAGUAACACUGCUAAAAACAGUACAUACAGCACCAUGACUUGGGCUCAGAGAUAUGGAAUCAACGUUAAAGCUAAACUCAAAAAGCCCCCCAGUUCCAGACAGCCGUUCAACAGAGUCAGUCUAGCAGAUAUUGAAGAAUUUUCCGUUAAAAAAUCAGCAGGGAAACGAAAAACUGUAGUUCAAAGUUCAAAUAACACAUUACUUGGACCUACACAACCUAAGAAACAGUUUGAAUCUCCAGUGAAAGAGAAUUCCAUAAAAAAUCAAGUGGUUUGUUCAGAUUCUACUUCUGUGAUAUCGUCGUCCCAGGUGUCGUCAACAAAUAUGAAUCAAGAUCUUUCUCCAAAAGGGUCCGAUGAGGGUCAGAAUAAGAUGUUAAUGGAAUUGUUCCCUAUGCCUUCGAGCACAUCAGAUGUUUUGACAGUAACACAAAAAAUGUGUAAGGCGGAUGAGGAGGAUAGUUACAAGAUUAGUAGUACAGGAGGUACCAGUGACUGUGUACGAACUCCCGGCUGUGAGGCCUUUUGUCAGGUGUGUGGGGACAAAGCGGCAGGGUUCUACUGUGGAGCCUUUAUCUGUGAGGCGUGUAAGAAAUUCUUUAUGAGAGCCAGUAAGCUGGAGAAGAUAAAGUAUGUGUGUCUGCGGGUACAGAAGUGUGUCAUCACGAAGGAAAGUCGAGUCCAGUGUCAAUACUGCCGAUUCCAGAAAUGUCUUAGUCUGAAAAUGUACUGUCCAGGUACAGGUGAUAGCAAGAAAAAAGACAAGAAGAUUGGGGAGAUUCCAUGUCGAGUGUGUAGUGCCCCGUCCUCGGGAUUCCACUUUGGGGCACUUACCUGUGAGGGGUGUAAGGGCUUCUUCAGGCGCAUGGCCAAGGAGAGAGAAUGUCAAAGGUACAAGUGCUCUAAGAAUGGUAACUGUGACGUCAACACUGUCACGCGGAACCUCUGUAAGGCUUGUCGUUAUCGCAAGUGUUUAGAGUCUGGCAUGUCCAUCGAAGGAAGCAGAAUUGGUCGCCAGCCAAAUUCCAUCAAGCAUGCAAUAUCUAUUGAAGCAGAGAAACAAGGGAAGAAUUUGUGUAAGGAGCAGGCAUUCGGUGAAAAGAUUAACAUCAAUGAUAUGAAGGCAAUGGUUACCACAGCCAUACCAGCCACAGCUGAGGAACUCGCAGAAAUAAAUUUGGAUAUAAGGCCAGAACAGUUGGACUUGAAAAAUAUAGAAAUAGACAUCAAAACUCAACAAGUGACUGCUCCAGAAAAAUGUGAUCUAGAUGUUACGCCUCUCCUGAUUGGCUCCUCAGAGAUAAAACUGGAGCCAAAAUCACCAAUAGCAAAGACUGUUAGUCCCGAGUCCUCAACAGACUGUGAAAAGACUUGGGAGAUUCUCAAUAAGUGUUCUGGUUGUAAUGAGGAACUAGAACACCUUCUACCAGUAAAUACUGAUAGUGAAGAAGAUGAAUUAAUGGGUUAUUUAUCGGUGAAAACAACAUGGACCAGUAUGAUGUCUUCAUUUGAACAUACAGCCAGAACACUCAUCAAAUUCUCGAAGAAAGUCCCAGGUUUCCGAGCUCUUUCGUUGGACGACCAAAUCAAACUUGUACAAGGCUCCAUCUACCCCAUCGUAGUCCUCAACUGUUCACGAAGUUUUGACAAUGAAACCAAACAGUAUAGCUACUUCAACUUCACACCUAGACAGCGAGAAGCCAUUCAUUCAUUCUUCCCAAUGCUGAGAAUAUUGUCUAGUCAUUUUAUACAUACCGGCAGUAUGGUGAAAUUGAUGAAUUUAAGUACGAUGGAAUACACUUUUCUAUCCAUUCUUCUGUUGUUGAAUGCAGAUGUUGAGGACCUUGAUGACUCUGAAAGUGUUCGUAAACUACAGAUGGACACAACCUUUGCCCUACAAUAUCACGAGGAAUCCAACUACCCUGACGGUAUGACACGAUUUGGGAUGUUGCUGGUGAGGCUAGCGGAACUACACUUCAUCCUGAUGCAGCACAACACGGCCAUCACUGUCAUGUUAAAGAAAAACCCGGAUCUGACUCUACCACAGAUGUACAAAGAAAUGUUUGGUGAAAAGGUGCUGGAAUCUUGACCCUUAGGACUCGGACAACCAGAGUCAUAACCUCAGAAGUCUAUUGACGGAAUCUUAACCCUCCUCAGUCUUAGGACAAGUGUCUUGACCCUUGGGAGUCGGACAACUGAGAUCUUAACCCUCCUCAGUCUUAGGACAAGUGUCUUGACCCUUGGGACUCAGACAACCAGAGUCAUACCCUCGGGAGUCUAAUGACUUGGAAUCUUAACUCUCCUCAGUCUGAGUGUUCCUUGGGAGUCAGAUGACUGGAGUCGAAAUUUAUGAACUGAACACAGAAUCUGCUACUGCAUUCAUCAGUGAAAUACAUCUCUUGGAACGGAUUAAAAUUAGAUUCUAUACAAUAAAGCAUUUCAUAUCACACCCUUUGAGAUGUAUUUACAUAUCACAUGAUGUGUUCAGUAGGGCUAGUUUUACAGGUGAUACUGAUGUUGUGUGCCAAGAUAAACUUUGCUCAAAUGAAUGACCUUGACCUGUAGUCAAGGGGUUAUAGGAAUUAUCAAUAAUUAUGCAACACCUUUUCAAGGUCAAAGGAAGGUCAAAUGUGUUAAAAUCCUCUGAUGAAUCUCUAGGUUUAGAAUUAUCAUAUUGGGAUUGUAACUUAAGAGUUUCUGUGAGUCUGUACAAGGACUUCCUAUGUUGUAAGUCUUAGAGGUCUUUAAUAUAAGUAAAUAGAGUUUAUUAUUGUUAUUUAUUAACCAUUUGAAGUAGAACCUUAGCUGAUGAAGUUGAAGAUCAUUAAGACAAUCAAGUGUUAAGUUAAAGAAUCAUUAAUUUUUGUACCAUAAAAUUUAUAAAUUUAUGUUUUACUUAUUGAUUUGAACUAGCUUAGUUAUCUUUUAAGAAAUACCAUAUUUAUUUUCCAAAUCCAUUUUGUCUCUUAUUAUAAUUAUAGCUGAAAUAUUAUCAUUCUAUUUACCAAAAAAAA